AUGCGAGGCAAAAUGAAAGAGAGAGUGUAUGCCGAAGAUAUUAUUGAGAGCUAUGCCCUCAAAGUUGGCUCCAGGCAGGGAGGAGGCAUACAAAAUGUCCUGAAAAGGUUUGGCUUCAUCUUGGGAGAAGCAAAAGCUAUUGAUCAAACUAGCUCAAAGAUUGGUGAAAUAACGAAGAGAAUUUCUACAUUGAACUUGCAUUUACAAAAUUAUGGCAUAAAAUUUGAUUCGAUGGAAGGUGGAGGCCCAAGUUCUUUGAGUGAGAAGAUAAGAGAGCAAAGGCAAACUUAUGCGCAUGUUCAACCUGAUCGUGUUGUUGUUGGAUUGGAGGAUAACCUGAAGGAAGUGGUGGCAUGUUUGACAGAAGAGGUCAAAUACAAGUACAGAGUCGUUUCCAUAUGUGGUAUGGGUGGUCUUGGAAAGACUACUCUUGCUAGGAAGGUUUAUCAUCACCCAAAAGUCAAGAGUCACUUUGAAUUUCGUGCUUGGGUAUAUAUCUCUCAACAAUGUCAAAUAAGAGAUGUUUGGGAAGGAGUUAUGAUCAAACUUAUCUCUCCAUUUGAAACGGAGAGAGAUAAAAUUCGAAAAAUGACAGAUGCAGAGCUUACUAAGGAACUUUGUGAAAUUCUACGCCGAAAUAAAUGUUUGGUGGUUCUAGAUGAUAUCUGGAAAGUCGAGAAUUGGAACAGAUUAUCUGCUACCUUCCAAUUGAAUGAUACGAACAGCAGAAUAUUGCUAACCUCUCGUAAGGUAGACAUGGCUUUGCAAGUAGAUCCAAGGCGGGGCCACCUUCACGAAUUAAAGCUUCUAAAUGAUGAAAACAGCUGGGAAUUGCUUCAAAAUAUAGCAAUAUCAUGGAGAUCAGAAGAUUCUAAAAUCAAGGAAGAAAUGAGCUUUUUAGUAAAAGAGACGGUUAGCUAUUGUAAGGGUUUACCACUGGCCGUCAUUGUACUAGGAGGACUUUUGGCAACAAAGCAGACGUUAGAAGAGUGGAAACAAGUGCAUAGAAAUGUUAAAUCAUACCUUCAUCAACAGAAAGAUCUUGGAAUUAUAAGCAUGGUGUUAGCUUUAAGUUAUGAUGAUUUGCGUUCCCACUUGAAAUUGUGCUUCCUAUAUUUAGGCCAUUUCCCAGAGGAUUUUGAGAUACGGACUAAGGAGUUAAUUCAAAUGUGGAUGGCCGAAGGUCUUAUACUUCAAAUGCAACACACUGGAAGUAACAAGGAAACACUGGAGGAUGUUGGAGAACAAUAUUUAAAGGAGCUAGUUCAAAGGUGUAUGGUACAAGUAGGACAAAAGAGUUCAUUUGCAGGGAUCAAAACUUGUCGUCUCCAUGAUCUUAUGCGAGACUUUUGUGUGGUAAAAGCUAAAUCGGAAAAUUUUCUCCACAUCAUCAAUAUUAAUCAUGAGUCCAAUGAAAAAAUAGAAACUCCCAUUGGUGAAGUUCGAAGAGUUGCUAUCAGUGGUGGAUCAAGUGAUCCCUCAAAUCUAUGCUAA